AAACAGCUGCCUGCUUAUUUGUUGCUUUAUCUUACUCUGCUCAGCUUUCUUUCACAGGUUCACCAACAUGCUAAUUGCUCGGAGGUCCAGAAAGGAAGAUGACACUGCAGUUGAGGGAGAGAAAAUAUUUUUGCUGCUGUGAUGAAUAUUCCUUUCUAUUUAUAGUCCAGGCAAGGCUGAGCUGUUCUCCUGAGUAAACAGUACUUGUGCUGGCUGGUGAGAUCUCUUAAUGGUACCUUUUUUAAAAACUGCGGUUAGGUGCAGGUGUUCUUUCUGAACUGGUUACGGUUUGGGUGUGCAAACUAAGCCACUAAAGAAGAAUGUCAAGGGAAACGUUUGUAUUCACCUCUUCUACUCUACGCGCCCUGCGUCUGCAACGGGAAAUGUUAGAGUUGGACGAGCGGCGGAGGGCUGCGUCUCGACAAAGUGUCAGUCGGAGGUACCAGCCAGCUCCUAGGAGCCUCCUAUAUCUCCCAAAGCCCUCACGACGCCCUCAGUACUGCAGGGAUCCUGCCGUUCACAAUGCCCUCUACACAGGAGAUCUGCCAAGAGUUCGACACAUCUUUAAGGAUGAAACUACUGCCAACUUAAUUGUGGAGACAGUUACAGAGGAGCUGGUGUGGUCGACCGAGUUGGGUUCUACAGGCCUGUGGGUGCUGAGCCCACAAAAGAAGCACACCUCUCCACUGCGCAUCUUAGCUGCCAGGGGCUACCGGGACUGUGUGAAGCAUCUACUCCUGCAAGGGGCUGAAGUCGAUGCUAUAGUUGGUGGAAAAGCUGCCCUUCAUGACAGCUGUGCCCAUCACCGUGCAGAGUGUACUCGUCUACUCCUCAGCUUUGGUGCAAACCCGAACAUGCUCUCAGAGGAAGGAUUGGCCCCACUGCACCUGUGCACCACCCAGGAGACUUUGCCAGUUCUGGCAUUCAUAGAGGAUUGGGUAAGAAGGGAUCAGCUUCUUACUUACUUCCAGGCAUGGAGUAGCGAGUCUUGCCACUUCUGGGUGUCUUCAAGCCAUCGCACAAGGUGUGCCCAGCUUCUAUUGGAGUAUGGCGCUCUGGUCAACCAGUACACGCAAGAUCGCCGUGCUUCUCCACUUCAGGUGGCUGCAAAGUACGGCCUAGAUGACCACGUGAAGCUCUACCUCUGCUACGGAGCUAACAUUGCCCACAGAAACCGAGAGGGAGAGACGGCUCUCAACGCAGCCUGCGCCAGCGCCGACAGCCCUGAGGAGGCCGGCCGCUACUACCGGGUAGUGAAGCGACUCUUGGACGGUGGGGCUGAUGUCCAGGUGGCUGGCAGGAAGAACCACACACCCCUUCACAACGCCUGCAGUAACUGCCAUAUCCGCAUUGUGGAACUACUGCUGCAGCAUGGGGCGGAUGCCAACGUUAGUAACUGUGCUGGCUACACACCGAUGGAUUGUGCCUUGCAAGCAGUGGAAGAUUACCUGGAGGGAGAGCCCGAGCAGGUUAUAGCCACUCUCCUCAGCUAUGGAGCGGCUCCUGUCAAUCCUAAGAUGUUGAAGUUUUGCGCCUUGUCUCCUCAAACUUUGGAAGUUAUUCUGAACUCCUAUGAUCGGAUCCUGUCCUGUGAUUCCUGGGUAGGAUCUGUGCCUCCUGAAGUGUGGCAGAAGCACCAGACGUUCUACGAUUCAGCCCUUUGGCUGGUGAACCAGCCCCGCCCACUGCAACAUCUGGCCCGCUGUGCUGUUCGGAAGCAGUUGGGGGUACGAUGUCACCAGGGCAUUGCCCAAUUGAAACUGCCCUCUUCUCUGCAAGACUACCUACGUCUCCCAUUGGAGGGCUAUCUCAAAUGA